AUGUUUGAAACAUUUUCUUCUCCAUUUCAUGUUGACGUUUUUAUUGUUUCAAAUACUUUGCAGACGGAAAUAAUUGACCUACAGUGCAACAGUGAACUAAGACUUGUUUAUCCUACUAUAUCCAAAAUUGACUUUUAUAACAAAUAUGUGACUGCAGAAAAAUAUCCCAACUUAAGAAUUUUUGCACAAAGAGUUGUAAGCUCCUUUGGAUCUACUUACGUAUGUGAAUCAUUCUUUUCGAAAUUAAAGUUUAGUAAAAGUAGAUAUAGAUCUUCUUUAACAGAUAAAAACUUAGAAAACCAAUUAAGAUGUGCAACUAGUAAUUGUGAAGUUGAUUUGAAAAAAUUAAGUGAAGAUAAAGAAAAACAGAUUCUCAUUGAUACGUAUAAUUGGACUGAAUGCUAUUUUACUAAAUAA